AAACAUCUUUUAGAAGGGAAUCCUAUCGAACUCAGUACUGACCUCACUUUUACUCAUAGGCACUGCUUAACAGUUCACCGUUGGAAAUAAUGUUACAGUGGAGUUUUAAAGUACUGAAGGAAAGGCAUUUAUUCUGGACAGUGUUCUGUGCUUUGAGCCUGCUGGGUGAGUAUUUGGUAUGGGGGGGUGGACCCAACCUUACAACUGCUGUGUUACUUGCAGACAGAAAAUGAAGAAUGAAUCUUGUUCUGCCUGUGCCAUAGUUAUUGAAUACUGACGGAAGUUUAUCUCUUGUAAUAUCUGUUAGAUAGCUAGAUGCUAAUAACAUUAGAAGCAAACUGGUAAACAGAAUGCACAGCAUGUAAAGGAAUAGUGCACACAACUGAAAUACUCUAAUUAGUGGCAUAUAGAAUUUUUGCAGGUUUUAUAGUUGUAUAGUUGCCCAUGUGCAGAAGUGGCAUACAGAAGGCUAUCAGAUGCACACAUUUUAUUCAUGGUUUUGCAAUUCUCCAUACUAGACAUCUCCAGUGAUUGUUAGCAAGGCUUCAGUAUCCCAGAGACUAACAUACAUUAUUUUUAUUAAACAUAAAAUCCUAGACUGUGUAGCUGAGCGCGUCUGUUUGUAGCCUGCUAGCCUAUAGUGGUUGGCAGAACUGACUACUUUUGGUAAUUACUGUUACUAUUUUUGAAUGCUUAUGCAUUUUAUUUGUACAACUUAAAAAAGUAAUGAUUAGGGAAUGUUAUGUUACUAUUUUCUAAGUUGAAGGUACUGCAUAGUGUAUGUAUAGCACAACUGAGUAUUUUGCACACUUUUGCAGCCAGACUACUUUAAUUUCUCUUUAUCCACUAGACCAUAAGACCCUCCUUAGACAAGUCACUGGGCUGUAUUCCUGUCUUUUUAAUGUUUAUUGCACUUCUUAGUACUCCCCAAAGGAUCGUGCUUAUCCUGCUCUGAAGCUGGCACGGCCUGUUUAUUUAUUUUGUGGGGUUUUGUUUUUCCUUCUUACAUCUACUGGCCAAGUCACAGUUCAUAUGGCAGUUGUAUUUGCUGCCCAUGUACAUCAAGUGAGCAGGAGAGAUGUGUGUCUGCAGCUAGUCACAGCAUGUUUCAGGGACAUCACUUUGGUGGCUAUGCAAUUAACUGCCCUCCUGUUUUAAACCAUUCAGGUUUAAAAAUCAAAGAUUUUGAAAGGAAAAAGCAAAGUAAGGCCUAAUUUGUGUGGCUGCAAUUAACUUUGUAAACAAAUAAAUAUAAUAUGGUCUUUUUCAGUGUUGUGUGUGAAAAUUGUCUUGUAGCUGGCUUUCUAACAUCCAGAUAUAGGUUUUUUUAAAAAAUACAUGUGGAGUUGCUACUGCUGCAGUCUCUGCAAGUUCAGUGUUGAACUUUAUUAAACCCUUUUGAAAUUUUAUCUAAUUUUAUCUAGUAAUUGGAAAAGCAAUAUGAUACUCUAUUCCCUUUAAAAGUAGGCUUCACUCCACACAAUUACUUGAACCAGCUAGGGAGAAAAUCAUGUAAGCACAUUUACCAAUGAAAUCCAAUGUUGAAUAAACAUAGGAAUCGGCAUGCAUCUCUCUAUUGUGACUCUCAUUCAUACUACAUUGAAAGGCUUCUAAUGUGAAUGAGAAGGUGCAUCCAGGUCCAUUAGUUAUGUACAACUAGAGCUGGAUUUCCACUGCAAUUAGAGAUGCUUUCCAACACAUGAAUUUGCAUUUUGAAGAUGCACAUAGGGUUCUGUUUUUGGCUCCUGUCUACACUUGGCAAAUAUUUUCAAGGUAAUUUUACGCCUGUGUGUCUUGGCUUCGUCUUCUGCAAUAAUACUUUAUCUUCUUGGGCAUAUUGCCUAGAAAUGUAUGCAUGAAAAGCAUUAUGUCAUAGUUAAAGCAGUGGUGGAAUGCAGGCAUACGAAGCUUGCUUAGCUGCCUAGAUAUAUCCUCAUCAGUGAGCUUGCAUUUUCUAUUAGGGAAACAUGGUUUUUGUUUUUGUUUUGGUAAGUAAAGCUAGUAGUCACCAUAUCUUGGGCUGUGAACGUGCUGGAUUUCCCUCUCUAAAACAUGAAAAACAAUUGGGUUUAAUUUGUGUUCUAUCAUGGCAUGCAAGUAAAUCCCAUGCCAAAACCUCCAUCACCUUAGAACAUACAGUACACUAUUACUAACUUUCAGAAAUAUACUAAUCAAACUGAAUAUGCUUCAGAAAACUAUCAGCUAAAACCAUGCAUUUCUCUGAGAUGUAAUUGUUUUUGUUUUUAUUUUUAUUUUUAUGCUGUGAACCACCCUGAGAUCUUCAGACUUAGGGUGGUACAGUGGUACCUCGGGUUAAGUACUUAAUUCGUUCUGGAGGUCCGUACUUAACCUGAAACUGUUCUUAACCUGAAGCACCACUUUAGCUAAUGGGACCUCCUGCUGCCGCCGCGCCGCCGGAGCCCAAUUUCUGUUCUUAUCCUGAAGCAAAGUUCUUAACCUGAAGCACUAUUUCUGGGUUAGCAGAGUGUGUAACCUGAAGCGUAUGUAAACUGAAGCGUAUGUAACCUGAGGUACCACUGUAUACAGAUUGAUUGAAUAAAUAAAUAAAGUUAGUUAAACACAUUAAGAACAAGAGUAAUUUACAGAUACAUUCCUACGGUGACAGUAUUGUGAGGUGGCACUUGGUAGUUGAGGAAAUGUCCCGUCCCCCCUUGGUCCACUGGCUGUGUACACAACAUACAUUUAAAGCACCCCACCCCCACAAGAAUCCUGGUAGCUGCAGUUUGUUAAGGGUGCUGGGAAAUGUAGUACUGUGGGAGGAGGUAAACAACACUUUGUUUGUAUGUGGAUAGUAUGUCAUUUUCUUGGCACAAAGGUCAACCACUUUUAUGUCUAUUUCCUGUUCCUAAUUUUCAGCAUCAGUUGUGUUUUCCCAGGCUACCUUGAGGUAUGUGUGGGUAAAAAUAUUAAGUGCAAAAAUGAAUUAUACACAUCCAAAUGCACUGUAGACUUGAACUGGUAAACCUAAGCCAGUCACAUUUUUCCAGCACAUGUUCUCUGCAUGCCCACAGCUCUUAGGUCAUACACAACUCCCUUUCACACAUUACAUGUUUACCACAGCAAACAGAAAUGUAACCAUAGCCUACACGAUUGUGAAGCAGCUUUUAGGUUUUUUGUUCUGCAUAGAUAGUAGUACACGUGAUGACAUUCAGAGGCAUCAAGUGAUACAUUGAUCUGAUCCUUCAGGGUUCUGCAAGACAUCUAUUGUGAGAUGCUAGUUUCUCAACUCCCACUGAUUUAUAUGAAAAUAAGGUCAGUUUUCCCAAUUACCAAAAAGAUGGCUUAUGUUCUGAGAGCAUCUUAUUGUAACUUUAUUUGUUUCUUUAUUUAACUUGAUUUUCACUGUGAUUUCAUAGUUCACACACACUGUUAACAAAGUUACACUGUUUUAUGUGCACAUGUUAAAAUGUAAAGUAUGAAAGCAACAAACAUAUUUUUAUAAACAUGCCUAUUAUAUGCUACUAGGGAGCUAGGAUUGCCUAUAGCCCCCAACCCCCAUGUGUGUAUGCUAAGAAACAAAUAUAUGUUUGCCACUACAUAAUGUCUGAAGCAAGAGAAAACUCCUACAUGGAAACAACUUCACUAUUGUAAAAAGCAUGUAACAACAACAACAACAACAACAAUUUAUUAUUUAUACCCCGCUCAUCUGCCUGGGUUUUCCCAGCUACUCUUGGGCGGCUUCCAACAAAAUAUUAAAAAUAAAAUAAAACAUCCCUAAACAGGGCUGCCUUCAGAUGCCUUCUAAAAGUCAGAUAGUUGUUUAUUUCCUUGACGUCUGAUUGGAUGGUGUUCCACAGGGCGGGCGCCACUACCGAGAAGACUACUACCAUGCCAUAUGUGGCAAUCUCAACCAUGUCUAAAUAUGAUUUGCAAGUGUGAUUUUUAUAUACAGGAGUAGUAACACAGUGCCCUCCUUAUAUUAUUGAACUCCAACUCCCAUCAUCCCUGACUAUUAGCCAUCCUGCAGGGUAUCUAACAACAUCUGGAGGGUGCCAUGUUGUCUGUCCAUGCUAUGUAGGAAGCUUUACCCCUUGAAGUGGAUCCGACAUUCCAGAUUUCAGUCCUGAUGACCACCAUGUUUGUGGUCAGUCUGUUUUAAAUAAGAAUGUUGCAAUCACAGCUGCUUGUUAAUUAUGUUAUUUAGAAAACUAUAUCAAUAUACAAGCCAGCUUCUGCUUUUCAUGUCAAGAUAAUGUUUUUGAUGUUGCUUUUGGCCUCAUAAAAGAUGCUUAAAUAUUAAAUUAACGGUUCAAGAAAAGUUUCCUUUGGCAUGAGUAAUGGAAUAUUCAAGUAGCCUGAACCUGACAUUCCCUACAAAUUAAUAAUUAUACAGUUUGGAUGCUAAAUUUCAUUUUGACAUUUACAAAUUAAUUUUAUUUGAAAUGUGUACCUAUGAGAUGGUGUGUUUUAGACUUAAGUGCAGUCUAGAAGAGAAAAUUCAUAAUGUGAUUAAUCAUUACAGAUUUAAAUUCAAAUAGUUAAUAAACAACUAAAAGACAAAUUACCUGAGCUGAAGUGAAAUAUUCAAGCAAUUACAUUCAAAUUAUUUCAGUCAGCUUUCAAAGUUUACAAAGAUUAUAGAACCCAGAUAUUCAUAUAAUUUAAUCCAUUGUCUGAAGAAUAAGCUAUUGAAAUAGCAGGCUAGCAGCCAAGCAAAAAUCUCUUUUAUCAGUUUUGUCUGAGUGUUGAUUAGGUGAGCAUGCUUGCAAUGAUGUAAUGGCUUAAGCUGUCAUCCUCUCUCCUUCCCACAUUCUCUUCGCCCUUUUUUGGCAUUGUUCGUGACUGCAAAAGCCCACACCCAAAUCCUGUCUGGGCCAUAUGGAAUAGGAAAAAGGGUUCAGGAGGGGGAAAGCAUAGAAUUUUAUCGGAUAUUUCCAGAGGGAAAGGGACUCCACCCUUUGAAUUCCUGCCACAUGGCAGGAGAGGAGCAAAGCUAGAGAUUCAUGAGUAAUGUAGCUCAGAGUCCCCAAAGGUGGUGCUCAUUAUAACUGCUGGAAGAAUAAAAUAUAAAUACUGAUGGAAUUCGUAAUCCUGGCCUCUCGAUUUCAGUUAUUUCCCAUUUCAUCCAAGAUAUGAAAUUCUGGAUCUGAGCAUUAUCACUGCUAGCAUGGUAUGGGAUCAAUAUGAUAUUCUUUUGCAUUCUGAGUACUAAUAAAGGUGCUUACCACUACCUCCCAUUUUCAUUUUUAAUCUCAUUCAAUCUAUCAUUAUAAUAUCCAGUUAUAAUUGGGCAAUCAAACAAGUGGACAUACCAUUUAAGAGGGCUGCGGCUGCUUUUCAUGUUACUUUUUAAAGUUGCAAGUUCACCAUCUGGAAGAUCUGAGAAGACACAUAAAAUCAUUAAGUGAGACUUAACUGAGCAAAGUGUUACUGAGCGAAGACUUGUGUUCAGCAUGUCUCAGAAAUUGAUUCAAAAGUCUAUGGAAUCUCUCUCAGAGACAUAGAUGUUUAUAAUAUUACUCAUAUUUCCCCAUGUAUCAUCAGAUACAAGUGUAAUUCCCAAAAGUAUAUCCAUGCAGUAGAGACUGUGAGACAGUAAACCAUAUUUAUUCCCCCCUUUGUGCAUGUAUGUAAUUUAUUUAAAGCCGUAUAUCAUGCAGCUUCUUUGCCAAUUUUUGGUGUCGUUACAAAACAGUGUACAUUUUGAACUUUAUGGCAUGAAACCUGAAAGUUCAUAUGAAUGCCUUAUAUCUUCACCGUGGAUUUAGCAUGACAGUAUGCCUUUAUUGGUGAAUACAUUUACACAGAUCACAUGCUGUUUCAUGGGCUCUGGGCAGCAGGGAUGGCCCUACCAUUAGCCAGAGCAUGACGGUUGCCUCGAACAGCAGUUUUUGGAUGUCAUGAAAAGGCAGCAAGUUGUUAGUUAUUUAAAUUAUUGUUAUUGUAUUUUUACUACCAGGGAGGAAGAAGAUGUGUUUGUGGUACUUUUUACCUCAGAUGCUAAAACAACUUGAAUGGCCUUGGGUACUGUGUAUCUUAAUUUGGUGGGAAGGGUGCCAUUUAUUGCUCUGCAACAGGCACCCAGUCUUGGGAGAUGGCCCUGCUGGGCAGCUUACACCAAUUUCAUCACCCAUCUUAUUUCUCACUACCCCAAAAUGACUCAUAUUAUAGAUACUGGGUAUGGAAGUUUUGAGCGGACCAAAGAGAAAUGACAACAAAAAAUGUCAUUUCUCUCCAUGAGCACUUGUCCCUCCCUUUCCCUUCAAAUUCUGCUCUUUGACAAAUGUACGUUAUUCAAAUUCUCUUAACCUUACUUAGACUCCUUCCUGCCAUCUACAGCAGAAACAAAAGUCAGGUUGAGAGGAGGCAGACAACUUUCACUGAGAGAGAGAGAGAGAGAGAGAGAGUAGUGUGUGUGUUGCCUGCUGUGUGCAUGAGGAACCCAGUUCCAGCUGCUGGAGCGACAGCAGGUGGAGACAUCUGUGGUGAUAGUUCCCCUUGCUACUUCUUUUCCUCUUCUUCCUGACAGGGCAGUUUCCUAAAUGGCUGCCAUGUAAGGAGAGCUGUUGCCUAUAUAUGUGCCUGGGCUAUAAUUUCUCUAUAACCACAAACAGUGGUGAUGGGAACACCUAAGAUGUGGUAGCCAAUUAAUAAAGCAAUAUUUACUUAACAAUUGUUAACAGGUUUCUGUGCUUGAAUCAGAAUAACACAUGUGGAAAGCCAACAAGGGUGUGUUUGUGUGUGUGUGUGUGUGUGUUAGGGAGAGAGAGAUUCAGCAACCAGCCUGUACUUCUUAUACUGGUGCACUGAGUGGGGGAGCAAUAUACAAAAUACACUGGCCCUGUCUGAACAGUGGGGUAGCUAUAUGAAGAGGAUGAAUGAUGUUAUGUAAAGCUCAUUAAGCAGUAUUAUUCUUUAUUUGUAAAACCAACAGAGUGCAUAGUUUAAAGAACAGCAUGGUUAACAACAGUAGUAAUGAAAUUUAUUAUUUCUAUAGUGGGGUUAUUUUUUGGUGUUCAAAGUUAUAAUUAUCUCAACAAUCCUAACAACAACCCAGUAAGGUAGCCUUUGCCAACUUGGUGCCCUCUGGAUAUUUGGGGCUACAACUCCCAUCAUCCUUAGCCAGCAUGGCCAACAGCUGAUGGGAAUUGUAGUCCAAAAACAUCUGGAGGGUAGCAGGUUUGUGAAGGCUGUUGUAAUGUAUAUCAGUAUUAUUCAGAAGUCCCAUGGUGUACUUGCCGUGAACAUUGUGAUGGAAGAGUAUAUUUAUGGGUGCAUUAUAGUCUUUUGGUAAAGUUUGCUCUUUUUAUUUAAAUUACAACAUCAAUUAAAGCUGUAAUCCUACACCUACUUACCUGGGAAUAAGACCUGCAGCACUCAGUGGAUCUUACCUCUGAGCAGGCAUGUCUAGAAUUACCUGUUACAUUACACUCUCAGGGAGUAUGAAAAAUAGUGUGCUCACGAUUGAUUAUACAGAGGAAGCUAAAUAUACAAACUCCCUUUGUUAGCCUCACAGCUUACACAGUUUCACCCAAUAAAGGUUAAGGUCUUUCCAUUUGUUUCUGUGGAGACAGAUAUUUGAGUAGUGUAGGUAAUGAUGUAGAACUUCCGUUUGACUGUGUGAGGACAAAUCAUUUUAAAGAUGUGUUUAUGUUGCUUGGGGACUAUUUGAUUUGAUUUGGGACAAAUAGUUCUCAGUUAAUUGUCUUUGGAAAGCCAAAGGGGACCGAUACUUGGAGCAAAUGAUAUUUUGCUAAAGUUUGCAGAAUGCAAAUAAUAUUAAACUUGGCAAAAUGUCAUUCCUCUCCAACAACUAGUUGAUAUAAACAAAGGGUUUUUUUUAAAUGCAAACUGUAACAUGUAGCUGCUUCAAACACCAGUGGUUUUAUGUUUAUUGUGUCCACUUGGCUUCAGCAAUGCAGUGCAAACUCUCGGUACUAAUAAAUUAAUACAGAGUUUCCAAAACUAAUGAAAACAAGCUGUGCAUAAAAUUGUGACAAUUGAGGCAAGUUCCAUGCCCAUGUGCGCUGUUAAGGAUCCUUUGGGCUCUAAUGAUACAGAACAAUUUGAAGUUUCUUAGUAUGAAGUAUCUACAUGAAGUGUAAAAGUUGGAAAAUUUGGGGGUGGUUGUGGCAGGGAAGGAAUAAAUAAAUAAGAAAUAAUUAGGACCUUGUUUUACAGUAUUUGAGGUGGAGAAAAUAUUUGCCAAAAUGUUAAGGUGAUUUCUAAAACAUCUGGAAAAAUUCAGGAGUUUUUGUUUGGGUGGUUGUGGCACUUGGGGAGGCCAAGUGUUAGGAACUAUGCCAUUGUAAUGAAGUAAGACUUUUUGCUAAUGUCCAUGUAAACAAUGGCACACACUCAUGAAGGCUUAUGAAAGCGGUAUAUGACGCUGAUUACUCUAUUUAUCCUUUGCCACAAAAAUCUUGUCUCCUGUUCUUGAUUUGAUCUAACUUUUUCUUGGGGAAACAAAAUGUAGCAACUAUUUUUUUAUUUUUUUUGUAAUCAGGCUGCAGAAUGCAUUGUAAGUCCUUUUUCGUGAACAAAGAAUUAUAUUGGUGGAGCAAUUUGGAUUGCCAGUUAAUCAGCUUUGCAAGUUGAUUCAAACAUCCCUUUUCUACUGUCCUCAAAGUGUGGUGCAUAAUUAAGGAGUUACUAGUAGAAUACAGAGGUUUUCAAAUCUUUACUGUGCAACAUGUUGAACAUUGUAUUGAAAUCUGAAUAUGUACAUCUAAUGAUAGCCAACAUAUUUUGCAAAUGAAGAUAAUCCAGUCCCUCCUUACAAUGAAACAUGGGUGAGAAGUACUGCCUGGUUGGCUGUUUACCCUAUACCCUUAUAUUUAGAUAGAUCUGCCUGCUCUGUUUAUAAGGAGACAAAAUAUUACUAUUAGAGUUUAUUUAAAAUGCUACCCAUUUAAAUCUUAUCUCUUUUCCUGUAAUUCAAUUUCCUUCCAGGCACCUUCAUCUCAUGGAACUAAGUAAUCUUUUUUUAUUCUUCAUUGAGGUUUUAAUGCUCAUUACUAAAGGGAUGGCUUUUAAUGGAUAAACAAUUCUUUUUUCAUGAACUUGGGCAAUCAGGAUAAGCAAUUUAAGGAUUUCUAAAAGGUGGCUGCAUAUAGGUUUUACAAACUGUACAGAUAUAACUAUAUACCUGUAGAUAAAAUUUCAGAGCUUUUAGCAGUGAAGACCCCCUCCCGGGUUUUUUAAAAUUUCUAUUAUGUUAACCAAAAUAGUGAAUAAGGCAAGUGCAUGAAAGAGAUAACGAUCAGGCUGGAAAGCAGUUUGUGAACCUUGCGUAUUUGGAUGGAUUUAAAUUAUUUAUUUAUAUCCUGCCCGGUGGAACAAGUAGGUCUUAACUGCCCAUCUGAAUGAAUGGAAAGAAGAAGCCUGGUGGAUCUACCCAGAAAGGAUGUUGCACGAUAAAGAUGCCACCACAUAAAAGGUCCUGUCUCUCACGUCUAACCUCCAAGCAAUAGUACAGAGAGAAUGGCUUCUGAUGUUGAUCUCAGGCCUUGAGCAGACUGGGAACAAAUGGUUUCAUCUCAAUGAGUUUAGCUGCAUUAAGAGACAUUUAUCUGAUUUAUGCUGCAACCCUGAGUCCAUUUAUCUGUGGGUACAUCCCACUGAACUCAAUGGGACUCUUUUCAGAAUAGACAGGUCUACGUUUAGUGCUGUCGACCCUACUAUUAACUUAAAAUCAGUUGGUAGAGCAUGAGACUCUUAAUCUCAGGGUCGUGGGUUCGAUUCAAUUUAAAUUAAUUUAUUCAGUUGAUUCUGUGUAAUUUUCCAAGUGGUUGUUUUUGAUUUUUUUUACAUCAGCUUUGGCUUCUGUUAAGUAAUAAACAAGGAACUCCCUUUACUCACAUGGAAUUAUGGCUGCUGUGUGCACAGCUGUUCCAGUAUUGUUCUUAAUGUUGUAUGCUGUCAUCCUCCUUUGGGAUUCAGAGUGGAAGAAAGACUAUCCUCCUUGUUUGUUGCUGUUAAAGUGUUCUACAAUAGCAGUGCAAAGGAAACGCCAAAGCAGGUUGGUUUACUUGUGGUUUUCUGGAUGGUGUUGAGCUCCAAAACCCAUCAGCCUCAGCCAGCAUGACCAGUGGUCAGGGAGAAUGGGAGUUUAUCUAUUUAUGCCAUCAUUCUUAUAUCCUGCUCUUCCUUCCUUAGGAAACACAGGGCAAAUUACAAUAAAGGCAAUUAAAUAUUUUUGAAACAGUAAUAAAAAAAGAAGCCUUUAACAUAAAAAUCAGGGAAUCAUUAGAAACAGCAGUAGAGUCUACAGAAUCGGCAUUUACAUUCGAAAUGCCUGGAUGAAGUUUUUAAAUGCACCUAAACAUGUUAACUGUGAGGGUCAGCUAUAUCUUACAGGGGAGGAAGUUCCGUAAAUGGGACAGCGCCACUGAGAAGGAUCUGUCUUAUGGCCCCAACCAGCAAUCAACUUCUGCUGAUUAUUAUUAUUAUUUAGUAAAUUUCUGUGAUGCCCUUCAUCUGAAGAUCAUAGAGCAGUUUACAAUAUAAAAACACAAAAAUACAUGCCAUAACAACGAACAUAAACAUAAUAACAAACACCCCACAGUUUAAAAGGACAUAGAUUGUUUAAUUAGCCGAGGGCCUGGAAGAAGGGGAAUGUUUUUUCCUGGCACCUAAAGACAUGCAAUGAAGGCACCAGGCAAGGCUUCCUGGGGAGAGCAUUCCACAAGUGGGGAGCCAGCAAAGAAAAGGCGCAUUCCCAUAUUGCCACCCUCCAGGGCUCUCAUGGAGGAAACAACUAGCAGGGCUGAUGGUACUGGAGACACUCCUUCAAGUACUAGGAUUCUAAUUUGUUCAGAGCUUUAUACACAACUACCAGGGCCUUGAAUUGGACCUGGUAGUUCACUGGCAACCAGUCCAAAGUUUUAAGGAUCCCCCAUUGCUGCCCAGUGUGACAGUGGUGUGUGAUGCUAUCUGCAGCUUCUGGGGUCCCUUCAAGUGGGGAUGUCAGAAAAUUCCAACAGAAACUGGUGUGUCAAUUGCCAUCGUUCUCUUAUGUAUCCCAUGUUUGGAAAGGAAAGCAAACCAGUUAAUAAGAUAAAUAUCCACUGUUGUUUUCAGGCCACAAAUGGUACAUAACAUUAUGUAAUUGAUUAUCCCCCCCCACACACACACACACAUUUGUAUUGUGUUUCCUUUGCAUUCUUUAUCUUCAAUCCAUGGUGAAUGACAGAUAGCUAAUUGACCCCUACAUGUUUCCACCACUUCGAGAAGGAAGCAUGGAAGCAUCCACAGAAGGCUCAUCCUCCUCUCUUAGCAAAGUCAGGAAUAGAAUGCACAGAUCCUUCUUUAGUUACUACAUCACAGGCCUCCCUUGUGAUUAAAGACCUGCUUCACACAAAAUAAACUGUACUUGUGCCACUGGCAAGAGCUAUUUUAAAUAGUUCCUUUCCCUCAAUGUGCUUUUUUGUUUGAGGCUUUCUUAUACUCUGUUAUUUAAGACAGGAUACAGUUCUCUUGCUACUAUUUAAAAUGUAAAACUAAACAUAGUCAGAGGUGGGUGCAGGUCUCAGCAUGGCAUUAGUAUAACGUGCUUGGCAUGUUUUUCUCGUCUUGAGGACACUGCAAAACAUGGCCUUCUUCUCUUCUACAUCUCCUAUAGAAGGCCUAAGUCCCAUUACUGCUCUCAGAGGCUGAUGGACCCAAUGAGUUUCCUGACGACUCUGGGGGAUUUUCCAUCUACGAUGGGCACUCCUGUUGAAGCCCUGGCCGAACUCUAAAACAUCCAAAUGGUUUGGGCCAUUGACACAAGCGCCUCUAAGUACCCUUUCCUGCUUCCUGGAGCCCACUUGGCUGCCUGGUAUAUUCCAGACCUUAAGGCAAGGAAACAAGUUAGGAGGCGGUUUGAACAUGAGUGGAGGAAAACUCUGUUCGAAUGCAAUCAAAUACUGGUGAGGGCUCGUCAUCGAGUCCACCUUGUGGCAUACUUUGCUGCCUCCAUUGCAUCCUCGUUGUGCCAUCUGGCAGAACUUUUUGAGGUUGUGUGGGGCCUCUUACAGUCUGACCCAAAGGAGGUGACAGAACUGAUGGUAGCUUGCUGUAACUUGUUUGCAAAGCAUUUUGAGGAUAAAAUCGCUUGCAUCCACCAGGAUCUUGACUGUUACAGCAGAUGAAUCUGAAGGAGAGUCCAGAGCACUUUCUAGUCUUGCUGUUUUGGAUGAGUUUCAGUUAGUAAGGCUUGCUUGAGGAUGUGGACAUGGUGCUUCAAUCAGUUAAGGUGACCACUUGCUCUGGACCCUUGCCCCUCAUGGCUGAUCAAAACUAGCAGGGAGGGGACAGCUGGCUGGGCCAGGGAAGUGAUCAGUGCCUCCUUCAAGAGGAGUGGUCCCUGCCUGCUUGAAGGAGGCAGCUGUCAAACCACUCCUAAGAAACCCUCUCUGGAUUUGGGAAAUCUAGCUAACUACUGGCCAGUUGCCAGUCUCCCCUUCUUGGACAAGAUUAUUGAGCGGGUAGACAUGGAUCAGAUUCCGGUGCUCUGGGAGGAAACAGAUUUUCUAGAUCAAUUUCAAAUGUGGUGUAGGUCUGGUUUUGGUGCAGAAACUGCUUUGGUCACCCUGCAUGAUGAUCACUGUUGGGAGAGAAAUGGGAAAAUGUGUCCCUGUUAAUUAUCCUCAGCCUCUCAGCAGCUUUCGAUACCAUUGACCAUGGUAUCCUUCUGGAAUGGCUGUCUGAAUUGAGUGUGAGUGGCCCCAAUCUGUGGUGAGUCUAGUCCUAUUUGGAUGGAUGUUUCCAGACAGUGAUGCUUGGGGAGUGCUCUUCGGACCUGUGGAGCCUUCAAUUUGGGGUUCCUUGGGGAGCCUUCAAUUUUGGGGUUCAGUUUUAUCCCCUGUGCUGUUUUACAUCUACAUGAAAUCGCUGAGUGGGGUUAUCUGGAAAUUUGGAAUGUUUUAGUCGGCAAUAUGCUGAUUACACCCAGCUAUAUUCAGUGCCAGAACUCAACAUGAACACUUUCCUUAUUCUGUUAUAUGGCAAUGGUGCCCACCUGAGAGGUGCUGGAACUGAGUUCCAGUGAGUUCCAUCUGAAAAAAAGCCCUGGCUCUACUUUUCCUUUACAUCUGCAGGUGUGGCAGUAGAUGUGCUGAACUAUUGUCUUGUCUUGGUAAUGGACUGGAUAAGAGCCAACAAACUGAAGCUCAAUUCAGAUAAGACUGAGGGAUUGUCAGUGGGUGGUUCUGUAGAGCAGAUGGAUGGGAUGUUGCCUGCUCUGGAUGGGGUUACACUUGUAGUUUGGGGGUACUUCUGAAUCCGUUGCUGUCACUUGAGGCUCAGGUGGCCUUGGUAGCAUGGAGUGCCUUCCGUCAGCUUCAGGUGGUGGCACAGCUGUGCCCCCAUCUGGUCUGGGAAAGCCUAACUUCUGUCAUCUAUGCUGUGGUAAUCUCUAGGUUAGAUUACUGCAAUGCAUUAUACAUAGGGCUGCCUCUGAAGAUGAUUAGGAAAUUUUAGCUGGUGCAGAAUUUGGCAGCUAGGUUGCUCACUGAGGUAGGAUGGUUUGAUCCUGACCCAACUGCACUGGUUGCCAAUUAGUUUCUGGUCCCAAUGCAAAGUACUGGUUUUGACCUAUAACGUUUUAAACAGCUCAGGACUGCAGUACCUUAAGGACCGCAUCUCCCCAUAGGAACCAACCUGGACCCUAUGAUCAUCAUCUGAGGCACUUCUUCUUCCACAGUAGAUCUGGAGGGUGGCAACACAAGAAUGGGCCUUUUAUGUGGUGGCUGCCCAUGUGGAAUGUUCUCUCCAGGGAGGCUCGCCUGGCACCUUCAUUAUAUGUCUUUAAGCGUCAGUUGAAAAUGUUUCUCUAUAAUCAGGCCUUUGGCUAAUUAACACUCUAUUGCCUUUUAAUGUGUUUGUGGGAGUGGGGUUAUUGGCUUGUUUUUGUUUUAUUUUGUAUUUUGUGUUCUCAUUUUGUAUUUGUAUGUUGUGAACUGCCCUGGAAACUUGAAAGGUAGUAUACAAAUUUAAUAAAGAAUAAUAAUAAUUACUGCAGCUGCCACUUCUGCUACUCUUCUGGUUUGGCAGCUGGGGGAGCCAGUUUUCAUCAAAAGUAGAUCAUUUCCGCAUCCCUCACACAAUGUGUAAAUAAGUCCUGAUGGCAAUAAAGGACACUGGUCCUGUAAUUGUGCUUGCCGAUGGAUACUUCUGCUGAUUUAUGGCUAUACCUAUGCUAGUUUUAACCAAACUCAGGCUGAAACAAAUUGCCCAUUCUCAGAGUCUUAUGGUCUCAUGAUAGACAAGUCAUUGAUGCCCAAAGAAAAUACAGCAGCUGUCCUUGGAGAAAAUCCUCCUAUUAGCUACGCAUAUCAUUUUUGCUGGAGGAAAGCCCUGAGGGAAAGGAUAGCUGUUACUUUGUGCAAGUCUAUUUGUCCUUGAACAUGUAGCAUAUAAUAAUAUUGUUUUACAGGGCGCAGUUAGAUGAGAUGGCAAGAGAUUUGUGAUUGGAUCUCCCACUGUUUUUUAAAAGAAAAAAUGCAACUGCAGGUGGGCCUGAUUCAUAUUAGGAGUUACAUAGCUGGGAGACGAGACUUUAAGCCUUUCUCCUUCAGCCAAGGUGAAUCAUCUGGAUUGGAUUAUUGCAGUGUACUCUACAUGAGACUCCAUUUGAAGAGUCUUCAGAAAUUGCAAUUGGUCCAGAAUGAAGCAGAGAGAAUAAAGGUGGGUGCUUGCUUAUGGGAGGCCUGCAGGUGGUGCUUCCAAGCACAAUCCAAAGUGUUGAUGAUUAUAUUUAAAGCCCUAAAUGGCUUAGGUUCAGGAUACUUAUGCAAGCACACGAUUAAAGGUGGCCAACCUUUAAUAUAGCUGAUAUAAACGAGGCCAGAGAUUCUGGCGGUGCACAUGCUGCUUUGCCUGUUGACCUCUGAUUUGCUGUCAGAUGUGUUCAAUCUUUACACAGUUCUGGAAUCAAUGGUUACUGCCCCAUGGCCCUAGCCACAUCUUGGUCAAUCUCUUUGGCAUGCUGUUCUUCUUCCACUCAACAAUUGCUCCUUUGCCCUCCUCUGCCAGGUGCUGCCACAGUUCUUUGCUUCUUGGGUGGUGGGGUUCUUAUAGAGCUGUUUUUAGUGCCAAAAGCCCUGUGUGUAGUUGUCUAGUCUUGAAGACAGGUUUCAGAAGGACGGUCUGGGGUUUAACAGUCAUGUUUGGUCAACUGUGUCAGUGUCAGUGUUUGCACACAUCUGCUUCCUCAGAUCCCAACAUCCCUUUUUGUCUUGUUUCUAUUUGCCUAGCAUCUCAAAGGUCACACUGAACCCCUUAGCCUUGUUUUCAGCCUCUGAUAAGUAACAUCAAGAAUACACAUACAUACAUACACACAUACAUCCUUAGCAACUGCAGAAGACGUGCUCAUGGACCUUCUGCUGUCAAAUAUAGUUUGGCCCACAGAAUCUACUCUGAAAUGGUGUAGGAUGCUCAGCAAAGGGUAUGAUUCCAUUUGUUCAAUAGCUGAAGCAUGGUAGCACUAAACAGCAUGGAGGUGCCAACUUCGUUCUGCUAGAAAUAAGUCUCAGGUAGAUUAUUUUUGGUGUCUGAAAAGGGCAGCAAAGCAGUAAUUAUUUGAUUUAUCAUAACUGUAUUUUUAGUGUCCAAUGAGCGGAGCUUGUGGAAUUUUCUGCCUUAGAUGCCAAAAUAACUUGAUAGCCCUUGGGUACUAUACACCUUGAUGUGAGGUGGGGAUAUGUGCCCACUAAGGCACUGAAGGGUCUUGGACCAACUCAGGUAUGGUGAGCCUGCAACCAUAUGAAAUACACACAUCCUGGGUAGUGUCAUCUAAUACAUCAAUCCUGCUGUUUCAGGCGCUUGGCUCUGAAUAUUUGUUCUAGAUUAAUUUUAAGAUAAUCCAGAAUUCUUGGCAGAGAGAGUGUAUCCUCUUGCACAACAGACUGUUCUUUUAAUAAGGCUGGUGGGUAUAAAUAAACAACUUACUGAAACACUGGGAAAUAAUUGAUUUAUUGUUCUUGUUCUAACCUUUUGACCUGAAGAGAGAACAGGGUGGUAUGGAGGGACAGAAUUAAAAUUCCCCUCAAAACUACUGCCCAUAUUCAAACUAAAAUGCAUUCAACUGUUUUCUCUUCUCUACUGCUAUAUUAAAUGAAAUAAUAAAUAUCCAAGGCCUUUGGUUAUAGCCUUUUAAACUGUGUUUGGGUGGUGGGGUUAUUCUUUUUGCUUGUUAUUAUGGUAUAUAUUUUUAUAUCUUUGGAUGAAGGGCAGUAUAGAAAUUUAAUGAAUAGAACAAAAAUAUUAAUAAAAUAAUUACUGAGGAAUUUAUAAAAGCAAUGUAUAGUACAGGAAGUCUUGAAAUAUAUCAGAAUCGCCAUUCACUAGUUGGAACAUGGAAUUGUCAUAUUUUAAAAGGAACAAAAAUGCAGCUUUUGCAAAAUACAAGGAGGAGAAGGAAGGAUAUUUUAAACUUCUUUUCUUGCUGCCUGUGUUCCAAGAUCUGGGGGUCCCUGCCUCUGAGACAAACCUGUCCUCAUGUUGAGAGAAAAGGUAGUUCAAAAAGGCUUACUUAAGGAAGAAAACAGCAUUUGUCUCCAUCAAACAUGCCAAGUUUGAAUGGCCUCUGCUAGCAGUCUAUGUAAUUAGUUUCACUAUUAAUAAAUUGCCUAAAAGAAAAACAAGGCAGCCCUUUUUUAUCUAAGAUGUUGACAGAUUAUGGCAAAGUCCUGGCCUUGUCAUCUCUCAGCUGUCUUGACUACUUCUUGUCUCUCAUCUUCCCUUGAUCCACUUGGCUGGCGGAAUUAUUCAGCUCUUUCAUCACUUGGACAGUAUGACAUGGACACUUCUCCUUCCAUCUCUACAUUGGGUUCCUGUCUCCUUACAGAUACUGCACAAGUUGCUUGUCCUUAACUUCAUAACCCCCCAUAGCUUUGCCUCUCUUAUCUAUUCAAUCUUAUAUUCCAUCACAUCCCUUCCUGCAACCUUUGCCCACCCAGCUUCAUCAUUUUCAACUAUCCAGAGUUCUCUCACACCCUGAAGUGAUUAUGCCCUUUCUUUCUUCCUGGUCCUUAUACCAGGAACUGCCUUCCAGAAUGCCACCGAAUGACUACCUGUCUUUCUGCCUUCAAGCUCUACUUUUAAACCUACUUUUUACAGGGAGCCUUUGAAACAGUCAAUAACCUAUUGUAACUAAGCCACAGUAUGAGUAAUUUAAACAAUAGUAUGUUUUUACCUGUGCCUCCAUUCUCCCCACCCCCAAUGUUUCCCUGUGUUUAUUUUAGAUUGUAAGUCCCUAGGGUUUGAACCUAUCAAUCCCGUUCUUUGUAAAGUUUGAUGUGCAUGGACAUAAGGGUGACUCAGUUUGUAGAGCAUGAGACUCUUAAUAUCAGGGUUGUGGGUUCAUGCCCCAUGUUGGGCAAAAUAUUGCUGCACUGCAGAGAGUUGGACUCAAUGGCCCUUGUGGUCCCUUCCAACUCUACAAUUCUAUGAUUCUAUAAAUAAAAUAAAUUAGAAUAUCAAUAGUCUGUUUCAGUUUCAUGUGGUGCCAAACUAUAAAAGGAACACAGGCAACUUUGAUUUUUGUUGGGGACAAUGCUAACUCUCUCCAUUUUGGUGACAAGAAACCUCUCUCUGUGGUGUCUGGACUGUGGUGGCUCUUCCACACCUGCAGUGCAUUAAAUAAUGAACAUGCAGCUAGGAACAAGGCUGCCUUCUUUGCAGCACUUCUAUUCUGAGCCCCACCAGAGACUCAAUGACCUACAGUGCUGUUGAGCUAUAAAUCCUUUUCCUUACUUUUCCAUAUGAUUAAGCUGCUGGUAAUGAAGCCAUAUCAACUAUUACACCAGCUUCAGAGAGUUCUGCAGUAAUACCCAGCAGUACAACACAGCCAUUGACAAGCAGCAACACAACAGAAUUGCCAUCUGGGAACCUCUCCAUCUCAACUACUAAAUCAACAGGUAAAAAGGCACUGGUAUUGGCUUGAUACUUAGGAUGAUUCUUUACUAGGCAUUUAGCAUGGAAUCUCCCUGCAUCAUUUAUUCCCUUUCUUAUCAGAUGUCCACACAAUUGCACCAUCAAAUUAUUGUCCUCCUGUGUUUUCCCAGUGCAUCUCUCAUAUUUUCUCAGACCAGAGAAAGUCUGAUGUAUUGGAGGGUGGGAUGGGACAGGACAGUAAAGUGGCCAAGUAGGGCAGCGUGGGUGGGGCUCUCUCAGUUUCCCAACACUGCAGGUCAUGGCUGCUUACCAAGAAGAGGAAGGGAAAGGUGUGGUGCAGCAUAUGGUGGCAGGAGUAUGGCUGAUUCUGAGUAGGGCUGAUUCUGAGUAGGGCUGAUUCUGAGUAUGGCUGAUUCUCAGCACUGUUCUUCCAUCUAAGAGGCAUACUUUCCACAUUUGCCUGGAUGAAUCAGCCACUCAGCACACUUUCAGUGCAUCUUUUAGUGAGUGUUAAAUUUUAUGUCCUUGUGUUUUUUUGUUUUUAUAAUCAAUAUAUUAAUUAGUGUGAAAGCACUUUCCUGGCUAUAUAUUUUUUUAAAAAAUAAAAAAUAGUGUACUUCUGCUUAAAUAAAUGAGCCAACUUUAUACUGUUAUAAUACUACUAAAAAUGGCUUUUCUAGCCACCUUUAUUUUGGCCAAUCUGUAUGUCUGAUCCAGAACAAGCAGUAAACAAUUUGGGUUGUGACAUUUCAUUGGCAGUAAUUGGGCAUCACUCUUGAAGUGUUUUAGCACUAAUUAAGUUAACUGGGGUGUUGUUGUUUUUAAGGAUGUGCCUGGGGAAACCCAGCCAGAUGGGCGGGAUAUAAAUAAUAAAAUUAUUAUUAUUAUUAUUACAGAUCAGCCAGGCACUUGGGUGAAUUGGUCCCUCCCCACCUACUGUACCCAAGUUGACAACAGGACCAAACUAGAUAAAAUAAAGGGAGAGCCAUGGAAUUAUAUCCCAUGUUUUGUUUUAGGGAUUGUUUUUGCUUUUAGUUUCAAGCAGCAGGGUGGGGUUGGAUUGGCAAAGUGCUCCCAGGGGUUAGGAUGGGAAGUGUUUUGAUGCUUUCCCCUUGUGCUAUUUCCCAUAUUUAUGUCAUCCGGAAGUAAAUCUGCUGUGCUUCUGGAGACAUGACACAAUCCUGAUGCCAUUUAUCAAGACAGAUUCCAGUAAAUGCAGAGGCAUGGUUUGGUUUUAGAACUUUUCAGGCAUUCCAAGUGUGUCUGUGUGUUCUUCCUUGUAGAUCAAAUAUUUUCAACUGAGGCAACAAAUGGUACAAAUGUCACCACCCCUGAAACACUCACCACAAAAUCCACUUCAAAUACAACAGUGCAAGCAUCUACAACACAGGGCAGUUCCAGAAAUGAGACAACUCAAAACACAACUUCAACACCACUUCUGACAUCUACUUCUACAGAGCUGCCAAAACAUACGUUUUCAAAUACCGGUACACCUACUGCAACUGAAGCUGGUGACCAUAGUGCGAUGGUAAGAAGCAUGAAGGAUUUAGAUUGCUGCUUUGGGUGCAAUGAAAUAGUAGGACAAUCUGAUUUCUAUAUUCAAAGCUAAUCCCACUAACUAACCAAUUCACCGUUUCAGUCCUAUUGGAAAGCAUCUGCAAAUUGCAACUCUAUAUUCUGUUUCUCUGUCAACUCCAAGUAAAACCAUUGGAAUGGGGAUGGUUCCACUGGGAUGACAGUUUCAAAAAGAGGGGGUUGAUGGGAUGGUUUGUCCAUCUGGAACACCUCUAGUGGAAUGCAAACAUUGCCUAAUACUAAACCCAAGGAAGGGCAGCUUCCAGCUACUUAGGUCAUGUUAGCCCACCAGAAGGUACAUAUUUGGCCCACAAGGCCUUUCCCCCAAAACCAUGCCCACCUGCCAGUGGGUAGGGCAACUGCAUUCAAUCCUGUGGGGUGCUGCUUCAUCAGUGCAUUUCCUGUGGGGAACACCCUGGCAAAGCAGACCCCUGGAGAGAACAGGACUGAACUGUCCAUUCAUCAGCUGGUGAGCAAAGAGUCCAAUCCCACUGGGUGCUCCCACCAUUCUGCAGAUCAACUUCUCCCACCAAGCUAUCAAAGUUGCCCCACAAGAUGGGGGGGGGAGAUAAGGCUCUGGCCCUCCAGGCAAAAAAGAUUCUCUACCCCUGCGCUGAGCAUGAUUAUGUACCCACUCCUCCUGCCACAAUGACAGUGCUUCUUCUCUUUCUUUUUGUCAGGUUAACAUCACUUGCCUCAAUAUCAAGAACGUUAAGACCACUGAAGUGAUAUGCUUGGAAAUCAAUGAGGAAUACUCUUGUGUAAGUAACAACCAAACCAUAAAGAAUUGGCAGGGUGGAAAAAGGCUUUUGGGAAGAGCCUGAUGCCUGUUCCAACUUGGAAAAAGGAAAAAGUGGUGCUGAUCCUCCAUUGUUUUAUGUUUUGAAUGAAUAUUUGUGCAGUUUAGUUUUUCAUGGGUGAUCUGAGUUCCUUCUCUUACCAUCACUACUACUACUACCAUUCUUAUUAUUUGUUAGUCACUUUAUGAAAAAGCAACUUAACUUUACAUCUGUGACUUAACAGAAUACAAUAUAAACGACUUAACUGUGACUUAACAGGAUGCAAUAUAAACAGAUAAAAUCCAGUUAAAUGGUUUUUUGUGUGUGUGUUUUAAGACAAUCCAAUGUCAUCUUCUUGCCUUUAAUUCACCUGGCUUAAUCCAUCUUCUAUCUCCCAGGCCACUGUAUUUAGCCUCUCUUUUUUUAAGGACUUACUUCUUAUUAAAUUUUACUUUACCGUUGGUGCUGCUCUUAAACAUGAGGGUUUGACAGUGGGAGAAAUGUGUCCCCCUGUUACUUAGCAAUAAUAAUAAUAAUAAUAAUAAUAAUAAUUUUAUUAUAUUUUUAUUUAUUUUAUUUAUUAUUUUAUUAUUUUUAUAUACUCUGGGUGGCUUCCAACACAUAUAAAAAUAUAAUUAAACUAGAAGUUGUUGCCAGUGUUUUCUUUUGGUCGGACAGAGGAUACUUUCUUCAAAAUAUAUAUAUAUCUCAGUUGGGACUGCUGUAUGGUGCAAGGUGGAGGCUGGGAUGUGCAGAGAAGGGGCUGGUUUACAACAUAAUCCUAUACAUGUUUACUUUGAAAUAUGUGCCACUAUGCAAAGAAUGCAAAGAAUUGCAGUCCUGUGAAAUCCUAUGCAUAUUUACUCAGUACUAAGUACCACCAUGUUAAAUGAGAUGUCCUCCAACUAAGCCUGCUUAGGAUGGAAGUUUCAUUCACAUGUCCAGAGAAGGAGAAAUAAAUCAAAGAAUGUUUUGGAGAAGGAUUAAGGAGUGCAGAAAAGCAAUUGCAGAAAAACAGACAGGUGAACGUUAUUCUUAAUUAAAAUUUAUACCCCACAUUCUAUACUCAAGUGAGCUAACAAAUAAUAAAUUGGGGGGUCAUUUAAAUAAUAAUAAUAAUAAUAAUAAUAAUAAUAAUAAUCUCAACAUCUUCUUCUGAAAUAAAUAGCCCUACAUCUAAUUCUUAUCCAUGUGUAUUCAGAACUAAAUUCCACUGAGUUAAGUGGGAUUUAUUCCCCAUUCCAAAGCAGUGUGUUAGGAAUGCAGCCUUAAUCGAGUCUUAAAAGGAACAAUUUCAUUUAUAUUUGUUAAGGUGCUGGUGAGUCUUACUAGAUAAAUUAUCCCAGAGUAUGGUGAACACAACAAAAAGGGGUCUGCUAUAUUCCCAAGCAUUCUGACCCUUCAAGAUUAAGGGAAAUCUAAGCAAGGGCUUCCCAGCAUAUUUUAGUGGACAAGGAGGCUCAGAUGGCCUCUAAGAUCAAGAAAGACAGAGCUAAUGCAGAGGUUCCUCUGUGUCCACUUGAAGCCUGACACCACUUUCGCUCUCUGAGUGUGCUUGCAGUAAUGAAUGAAGAGAGGGAACAGCACACUCCCCUUGCCUUUCAGUCCUUCUCUGCUGCUGCUUUCUCUUCUUCUUUGGCGAUCACUCGUAGUCCUUCUCUGCAUAGUUAUGCUGAAUGGAUCCAGAAUAAAAGGGCAAGAAAAUGAGGAGUGACUGGAUAGGACAAAGUGGGUGUCCUCAAAGAGGGUGGAUCAGUGAGGGCACCUUAUCCCAGGGCCCUCAAAACUAGAGUUUGGUGUUGCUGCCAAAGUAAAAUAAUUGCUUUGGAGUUUAACAACAUCUGUAGGGCCACAGCUUAUCCACCCUUCUUUAGAGGAACCAGCUGCUGUGGAAUAAACUCCUGCUGCUCCGUAGCAAUGGAAAGUGGCAUUGGGAUGGGAUUCUUAAUCUUACUGUGUUAUUGGCUUCUGUCCUGUAAAGCACACACACACAAACUUGAAUUUAUGCCUGUUUACAUAUACUGGAAGCAUAUCAAGGAGAACUAUGCUGAACAUCUGUUGAAACAAACUCCUCAGGGACUUUACAGUUUAGUACUGGAGCCACCUAGUGGCUGAAAUAUCAGCAGGAAAAUGAAUAGUGUGCAUAUGUGUAGAUGUAAUACAGCACAUUUUGUUUCAUGAUCACAAAAUUCAGGCUAGCUAUACCCUAAUUCUAUUUAUCUGUCUGCUGUACCGCUUUGGUGUUCAUUGGUGUGUAAAUUUUUAGGGCUGAUUAUCAUCAUGUAAAACUUUAUCCUAAAUAUCUGGUUACCUUUUUAGCCAGUCAGGCAGCAUUGCAGCCCUGUAAUACUGCCAUAAUUUAUAUAUAUUGAAAUUAAUGGCACUGCCAUUAGAUCUGGCUGCUAAGCUUUGAUUCUUUGUAUUGAAGUUGCACUUUGAGUAAAGAUUCCAAUUCUGUCCCAAAUGAUUUAUCUCAUCUUUUUAUAUAGUUGUGCACAUUCCCUUAACCUUUAAAUCACUAGUGAUACAGAUGCCGGUUAUGGCUUCUAAGUGCUUUUAAUAACAUAAUUAAUAGGUCUGAAUGUGCUCAGGCUAAUGUUUCAGAACACAGAGUUCAUAUAAUGGUCCAACUGAUGGUUAAUUGAUAAUUAAUAAUGAAAUACAUGUCAACGAGGAGCUUUAUAAUUUGCACAAUUAACAAGGUGCAGAUGGGAAUCAACAAAUCAUAGAAUUGUCGAGUUGGAAUGAAUCCCAAGGGUCAUCUAGUCCAACCCCCUGCAAUGCAGGAAUCUAACAAAUGGCCAUAGAACCUUUGUUUAAAAAACCUCCAAGGAGGGAGAAUACACUAUCUCUUGGGGGAGUCUGUUCCACUGUCAAACAGCUCUUACUGCCAGAAAGUUCUUCCUGAUGUUUAGUUGGAAUUUCCUUUCUUGUAAUUUUAACAUUAACAUCCACCAAAAUUUAUUGGAUUAUCCAGCUGGAAAUGGAAAAGUUUAAGAGUAAACUUUGUAUUCAAAAGUCAGAGACAGGCAUAUGAAACUAUAACAUUCAUGCAACAGCAACAGCUCUCUGGCCUGAGGGAUGCCCUGUUAGGAGUGCUCCUAACAAGUACUCAACACAAACAUGAAUACAAACUUCUGAAGCUACUGUGAAGAGUGGAGUAGGCCCUGUUAACUAUACUAUGGCCUGCAGAUGUCCACUUCAGAGUGGUGCAUAGAAGGACUUUCACUGUGGUGGCACCUGAGAUUAGGCAGGCACCAACUGCUAGUUGCUUUUGUCAGCAACUGGAAACAUACCUCCACAUCCCUAGGUUAUCACCGAUAGUCAGUACAGGCUCUUGCCAUCUCUGGUUAUUGUGGCAUAACAAUGAUUUUAAUCAAUAACAAUAAAUAUUAUGCAGAAUCAAUGUCAUUAGGAAAAGUUCCAGAUUUAAUGUAUUCAUAAAAAUUGACAUUGCCCUCAGCCAUCCUUUGAAAUUCACACUUUUCUGAAUUUUGUAAUGAAAUUUUCCAACCAAGUUAUGUGUGCAAAAAUGCAUUUACAGUACUAGGGUAAAAUGCAUGCAUUACUAGAAAUAGCAUAAGCAAAUACAUUAUAUUAUGGGAAACUGUUUCACAAAACUGUGCAUAUUAGGCAAAGCUGCAUACAAAAAUGUGUAUGUUGGGGGGAAAUUGUCCUAAAAUGCUAACGGAUUCAUGAGGACUUCUAAAAAUAUUUUUCACAAACUGAUGUUGUAAUGUGGAGAACUAAACUUAAGUAUGGAAAAAUGGGAACUCAGAUAAACCAAAAGUGACAGAUUUGCCCAUUGCUAGUCUGAGCUGCUAUUUCUGAGAAAACUGAUAACUGCAUCUGAGUUGUGCGUAGAUAGAAUAGACUGAGGUACUUCUCUGUUUUCCUGUUGCCCUUUCCCAGUAAACUGCUUUAUAUCUCUGUUCUGUACAGAGGAAACUCUGACAUUCUUUCAAGAGUUCUUUCCACAGCAAAGGAAAAACACUACGGAGGAGUGUUUUUCCUCAAACCUAUCAAACUAAUGUUUAUGGGAACAGUUUGACUAGGUUUUAUUUUAACUUCCAUUUUCCCAGGCAUAAAGUAUUCUGUGACAAAUAAUGCCCCCCCCCCAAAAAAAAGCCAUUUGUAGUGAUAGUGAAGUUUGCUGCAUAUAUAUUUUAACUGGUCUGAUACUUGGGCUUGGAACCUGCCUAUCUAAAAAGAUCCUUUCAAUUAGAAAUCUAGCAAGUGGGAGACAGCUGGGCUAGAGUCUUUCUUCCUGAUGUGCUGGAGUGUUUGUUUAAAGAAGAUGUUUGUUUGCUUGUUUGUUUGCUGUUUUGUUCCCUUGCAACAUGGGGAAGCAUUAAAAAAUGACACACACAUACACCAAUCCCCUGUAACUUAAAGUAGAAAAAUGCUACUCUGUUACUUAAUUCAGCUGCAUAUAGACCAGGCUUGAACUAGUGGCCAUCGCUAUGCCUUGUGAUAUUGAGUUGCACAACUUAAUUACAUAAUUUGCAGUUUCACCAAAAUUUAGGUAGGUCACAACUACAUUUGUUUUCUUUAAUGAGAUUUGCAAAUACAAAAAAAAAAUCAAGUUAAAAACGACAGUGGAAGCGAUUAUUCUAAUAAUUUGUAUUUUUACUCCUCUUGCUCUUGUCACAACUACAUUUUAAGGAGAAGUUGGAAAAAGUGUGUAAAGCAGAAAGCUGGAGGCAUGAAGAGAGAUCAUGGUGGAGAGGGAAGAUGGAGAUAUGUAGUGAAGAGAGAGAGAGAGAAAAAAUGGGUCUCAAGUUGUAGGUUGGGGUUAAAUGUGGGUGAUGACUACUAAAUUAUAUGUUGGGUGAACCUUUUCCAGUCAGCACCAUUGGGGUGACCCUGAGUUCUAGUCCUAUAAAUGAAUAUCAGCAGGAGUCUGAUUCCAGAGAAAGAUCAGGACCACCAUGUUGUUGGGGGGGGGUAUUUUGCUGUACUGGGCCCAUGCCCAAGCUAGACUUUGACCUUUCAAUUUUAAGCAAAGUCUAUAGCAGGCAUCCCCAAACUCGCCCUCCAGAUGUUUUGGGACUACAAUUCCUAUCAUCCCUGACCACUGGUCCUGUCAGCUAGGGAUGGUGGGAGUUGUAGUCCCAAAACAUCUGGAGGGCCGAGUUUGGGGGUGCCUGGUCUAUAGUCUUGUAGAAUGACAGUUACAAAGCCAAACAUACCAUUCUCUCCAACUGCUUUCUGAGAAACAAGCCUACUCCCAGUUUGGAGGAUUUUUUUUAGCUGAUGAGUUAAGCCAUAGCUAUGAUUGAUUGGCACAUGCUAUAGAACAAUUCAGAGCUCAGUGCCUCAGGGCAGAUGGAAUGAAAUCAGGAAACAUCUUCUCCAGACAAUGGAGAAGGAACUUCCUAGUUCAUUUUGAAGUCAUUUUGAGUUCUUCCUUGAGGUGGGUGUGUGCGUGACUCUAGUUUUUCUUGAAAUUCAUAUAGAAGAAUGGCUGCCUGGGUCAUUCUGAAGGAGCUUUCUGGUUCAUUUUGAAGCUGCUGUUCAUAUUCCCUGGUAGAGGAGUGAUUGCUACCCUGAGGGGGGGAGGGGGCAGGAUUCACCUAAUAAGCCCUAUCAAAGAAAGUCCCAAGCAAGGACUUGCACUCAAGAAGUGAAGUUCCCCCCCCCAUCCUGUCUUCCCCCUUCUAAAGGGAAAUGCAGUUGAGGGUGGGGGGCUAUAACAGCAACAAGUGAUUUGCAGGCAGACAUUCAACAAGCUAAGCUUAGAUUCUAAAAUGGAGAUACAGUUGUGGAAAAGAUUUUAUAUGUCAAUCAGAUUGGAUCAGUUGGUCAGAUAUCUUAUUACUUGUAUGUGGCCUCCAAUUUAUUUGGAGGACCUGCCACCCUCACCUGCAAAAGAGAAUACAAAUUUGCAUAAAUAUGCAUAAGAAACAAAUCAUACAAAACAAUGUGUGAUCUCUUGUGAGAUGGAAAGCCUAAUCCACAGCAUACCGAGCCCCUGGGGAUUAUGACGUCCUAUAGAGGACCAGGCACUUUAAACCUUCAUAGGAGUGGAAAAUUCAAGAUCAAAUUUGUAAUGAUCACAGCCUGAUCAAGUGUGAUUUAUCAGGCCAGGGAGGUUGUUUUUUUCAGCUGUAUCAUUUCUCUUGUUUGAGGGAGGAAUUAGUUGACUGUCUGGCUGCCAGUUGGGAAUGUGUCGAGGUUCUCUUGGGUAAAGUUUGUGUGAUACAGAUUACUCCAAGUCAGAUGGUCCUGACACAAAAAAACUACAUUACUUGUGCAAACAAAGCAAUAUUAUUCAUGUGAGUGAUAGUGUUUGAACCAUGCAUCAACAGAAAAUACCACAAGGCAUUGUGAUUGCAGCUGCUACCAAUUCUAUUCCACUCAGUGUAAACCAUUGAUAGAACAGAAUAAAACUGCCAGUGGCAAGGGUGUGCAACUCGAGUUAAUUUGAUAGGCCAAGUUCUAAUAAAAGUUUCCCAUGAAUCCAACCUUAUCUCAAGAAAAUGCCGUAAUCUUUUGUUGUGGAUUCCAGUUCUCUCUAUAAUGGGCAAAUUUUAACAAUCUCAUGUUUUGGUUGGAGAUUGAAAUCUGGAUCUUGAACAUAACUGGAAAAAUGGGCAAAGAGCAUUUGCCAGAUGACAUAAUCCCUUCAAAAACAGAUGUUUUCCCUGAUGUACACUUGGGAGCAUUAAGUUUGUUGUUCUCUUAGGAAUCAUUUGCCCCAAACCAUGCUGUGAAGGCAUGAUGGGAAUAAAGUUACAUAUAUAAAAAAUGACAGGAGAAUAAUGAAAACCACAAAGGCUAUUAUAUCAUAAUGGGUAAAAGACUGAGCCAGCUGAGGCAGGAAGUCUUGAAUUAAAAUUUUGCCUCUAUCACUAGUUCAUUCAGUGGCCUCCAGCAAGCCAAUCUUACCCAACUUCAGCUCCCCACCUGCAAUAUGGGCAUAACAACAACAAAGGGUUGUAUCCAACCAAGUCUUACUCGGAGUAGACCUAUUGAAAUUAAUCAACCUAAGCUAGCAAUGCUCAUUAAAAUUGUUACAGAUCUGGGGCUACAGAGUUUGAGGGUGCAAGGGCACCCAUAACUGCUAGAGUUUGUGAAUGUUAGAAAGUAAUAAAGGGGUAGGAUUUAACUGAUUUUUUGAGUACAGUCAUACCUCAUGUUACGGCCGCUUCAGGUUACGUACAUGUUUUCAGGUUGCGGACCACGGGAAACCCGGAAGUACUGGAACGGGUUACUUCUGGGUUUCGCCCUUCGCACAUGUGCAGAAGUGCCAAAUCGCGCUGGCGCCUGCGCAGACACAGCACUUCAGGAUGUGAACGCUGCGAGUUGCGGACAUGCCUCUGUCACUGAUUACUUCCACAACCCAAGAUUCCACUGUAUUGAAGGGAAGAUGCCAAUCCAGUGAAAAAAUAACAGGCGAAACUACAUUUCCAUGCCAAGACAUCACCUGGGAUAGAUGGCAAAAGGUGUUGAUGGCCCAUCAUAGAGAAAUCCUUGGGUCUCUGCCAUUGGAGGUUGCCAAGUUUACACUGAGCGAUGACAUCAGUUGAAGGAAAAUUGUGACCCUUCAAAGGCUUGGAAUAGCGGAGAGAAGGGGGGGCAAGCAGAGAGAAGGGGAGGAGUUACUUGGCAUGGGAUUUCUGGGAAGGAGAAGCAGGAAGUGGUGAGAACUCCAUGUGGGAGGCUGAGGUGUGACACUCAGAAAGCCUCUGAAUGCAAUGCUGAGCUCCUGUGAAAGACCAGCCGCUCCUGAGAUGUGAAUGCUGUAAACUCUGCACUCUCUGCACAAGUUGUGAUUAUGUGUUAAUAAACCAUAUUUCUUAAAGACCCGACAGUCUCAUCCACAUCUUAAUUCCUAGUGGAAACACAACCCUGGAGUCCCUGGAAUCUUACUACAGUGGUACCUCUGGUUAAGAACUUAAUUCGUUCUGGAGGUCCGUUCUUAACCUGAAACUGUUCUUAACCUGAAGCACCACUUUAGCUAAUGGGGCCUCCUGCUACCACCGCGUCGCCGCUGCGCGAUUUAUGUUCUCAUCCUGAAGUAAAGUUCUUAACCCUAGGUACUACUUCCAGGUUAGCAGAGUCUGUAACCCAAAGCGUUUGUAACCUGAGGUACCACUGUACCUCUCAACAAAGAUUGAGGGUGGUGCAUAACCUUUGUAACAAUAUGAAUAAGUCUGCUCUGAAUAGGACUACCAUUUGAUACAACCAUAAAGAUCAAUUAGAUAACAUCUUUGCGUAUGUUAUCUAAGUGAUAACAUUCAACAUUCUCUCAUUAUUAUUACUACUGUUAUUUGUUAGACUUGUUAGCUGCUUGGUACCAAAUGACUUGUCUUCAAGUGACUUGCAGCAGUUAUAGAAACACAAACAUAUUACAGGCAGUGACUAUUUUAUGUGCAUCUGAUUGACAAGCAAUCACGCACAUGCUCGUCUCUGCCAACCCAAAGUGGCUUGAAAACAGGGCGGAAUGGGGCAUGCACUCCGCCAAUGCUCAUGAGGGUCAGAAAAGUGACCCCCCACACACACACACAAAAUGGUUGCUGCCUGUAUACCAUAAUAUAUAUAUAUAUACACCAUAUUUUGCACCAUUGUAAUGUACUCUAGCCAUAUAUAAAUUAAAAGCUUCUGGUGGAACAUUUACUGACUCUAACUUUCUGCCUACACAUGGAGCUAUCAUCUGAGAAUUGCAGAAUUUCAUAAAUGGAUCCAUGGUUGGGACCCUAGAUUUCUGACCACUGAUGGCUUGUUGCUGCUUACCUUGGCUGAAUUUACAUAAAACAUAGAAAACAUAACACUUGACUGAAAUACUUACCGUAACUCUCACUCUCAGGUUUCUGAUCCACCAAACCUGCCUAUUCUAGAACUUCGUGUGACUUCAGAAUAUUUAUUUUUAGCUCUGUUUCACCAGAGUCUGGCCCUGAGCCUGACUCACAAGACAUGUAUAUACUGAAUUCCAGAAGCUCCAUCCUGUUUGACGCACAGAUUGACCAAAAGGAGGAAAAAGCUGCAAGACCCUAAAUUUCUCCUCAGUCUACUCCCUCUCAAGCGCCACAAUUGUUUGGAAGAAGGAUCACCUUAUUUCAAUCUCUGUGUGGGAAGAUUUUAUCCAUUGUGAAACCCGCAGUGAAAGAGCCAUCUGAAAUACGGCAUUUCCAAAACAGGAAGGCCAAGUGUUUCUUUGUUAUUUCCCUCUUCUCCUGCCUGGUGACAAUGAAAAAGGAGGUAGUGCUUAUGAUUUCAAAACAAUAAGAGCUGCCUUGGCUUCUUUCCCUUUAAAUCCUUACAGAAAAUAAUCCUAAGUAGGAUCCACUUGGUCAAAAAUGUUUUUGAUUAUAAUGGCAUAUAUUGAUUAUAAAAGUCAUCAACUUUAAAAUUGCUUUUAUGGAAAAUUAUUAUUAUUUAUUUGCCAUCAAUGCGUACAGAUGUGAAAUUGUUGACAAAUAUUUUGGUUCAUGUUCCCUCUUUUUGUUAGUUUAUCUUUUAUUGUUUAACAACUGUGCUCCUGAUUCUGUUCAUCCAGUGUAGCUAUCACAGGGCAAAGUACGACUUUAAUUGGCACAGCUAAAGCAUAGCUUAGUCCAGAGCUUAGUUUUCCUAAGCCCUGUAGCUCUGUUCUCACUUGCCAUUAAUAAUGCCAUGAUGAAACAUACGCACUCCAGUACCAAUGCACCAUCAUAUAACAUUCCAAUGGCCACUUUGGGCAAAUUGUGCCAAUUAACUAGAAGAGGGAAUCUGUAUCUAUGUGGGCUAUAGCAAGGAACUUGACCUUUGUGGGACUGGUCCACCCACCCCAUGGAGUCCUUUGCUCAUGAGCCCACAAGCAACUGCCACUGACAUUGUAUUCUGUUUCUUUGGAAAGCUUUUGAGUUCUACAGAAGCCAGUGGCAGCCUACUUGGCUAUUUGAUAUUGGUAUAGUAUAAACUAAUGCUGAAGAGAACAUUUGUUUAACAUCUGUUUGUUUGACUUUUCUUUUCUGGCUUUUUGCAGCACCAGUUCAAAAAACAAAAAGGAAUGGACCUAACAAAUGUGGUUUGUGAAGAAAACCCAUCUCAAUGCGAUAUCAAACUGUCAGAAUCAGAAGUGAAGCGCAACUGCAUAUUGCUGGUUGAGGCAGCAAAUAAAGGUCAGUUGAGUAAAUUGGUGUAAAACUUAUGUACAGAGCAAGAUAUGGUUUUACCGAGAUUGUGUAUAUAUGUCAGGGAGUGAGUGGUUUGUUGUAGUUAGAUAAUUUAUGUUUCAAUGAGUUCUUUUGUCUGUUUUCAUUACUUCACACUUGGGCGGGUGGUGGGGUACGGAAAGCAAAAUUGUAUCUCAGCUUUCACCAGUAAUCACUGUUCAUUCUCAAUGCAUCAUCUGUUCCUUAAAACGUAAGAUCCUCCAAAUCAAGGUACGGAAUUCCACAGUCACAAGAAUAUCCCAUCCCAUAUCUCAUGCUUGAAAAACAUAAAACAAACACUAUAGUCCCAAUCUACAGCUGUGUGUGAUGGGCAUCUGGCUGUGAAUUUUAUGUUGUUUCUUCCCUUCCAGUUGUUAUUUAUUGAAAGUUUGUUAUGAAUUGUACCCAUGCCCAAAAAGAUGGUUGGCAUUUUUACUCCUGAGAUUUAAAGCAGUUCUUGCUGUAGUUGCUAUAAUACAGGAAUGGGGAACCUUUUUCAGCCCAAGGGCCACAUUUCAUCAUGGGCAACCUUGAAGGGAGCACAUGACAGUGGUGGGUGAGGCCAGAGCCAAAAGAGGGCAGAGCUGUAGGCUAUACUGUAGGGUACAUUCCACUCACAAGGUCUGGCCCAAGACAUUUUGCUGUCUGAGGCAAAUGACAAGAUGGAGGUACAAAAGCCAACCAAAGUGGCAGUUGAAAUUUACUUCAAAACUGGCAACAGGAUACAUACCCUCCAAGUGUCCUGAUUUUUCUGGGAUGAGCCCAGAAUUCCUAAAGCCAUCACAGCUACUGACUUGAUCCUGGGGCACCCCAAGUUCCUCCAGCCACUGGACAGGGGCCGCAGAAGCACCUCCUGGGGCGGCUGCAGCAUUGGGAAGGAAGCAUGAGGGCUCCUUCCCAAAGUCUACUUAGCACUUACUAGACUUUGGCAAGAAGGUGGGUGGACUCUUGGACCCUGGCAGAGCCCUCAUGCCUUCUUCCCGAAGCCAUACAAGCCUCUCCUCUUGCUGCUUUCUUCAGGUGAGGGAGAAUAGGCUUUCCCAGCUAUUGCACUGCUCCCGUGCCUCUGAUUCCAGACUGUCCAACUAUAGUAAAGUUUUCUCUGGCAGGUUCAGUGUUUUGUUUGCUUGUUUCUAGUUACCCCCAACUUCAUUGCUAGAUGAUAACCAAUUCAUAACCUUCAAAAUGUAAGCCAACUAAUAACACCAAGAAAAAGAAAAACAAUGUUUUCCCCUGCUUGCGUUCAGCCUUUGAGUGUGACCUAUCACUUUCCUGGCUGCAUUUGUGGCAUUGCAGUAAAGUGGUUUGUUCUCCUUGAUCCGUAACCCAGAUCUUCCAAAGGGGUUACUGGAAGGAAUUUUUAAAAUUUCUUUAUUUUGUUUCAACUACGGCAGACCAACACGGCUACCUACCUGUAGCUGCUCCAUACCUGUUAGUGUCUUCCACCUGAGGCGGCUAUGUCCCUCUGCCCCAAGGCAGGGCCGGUUGUACCAGCCAUGCAAAAGCCAGAGGAUUCUAUACAAACACACCUCUCUCUCCAAUCUUCACCCAGAUAAACAAAAGACAUUAGCACAGUUCAAGGAUAUAUUGUGGCCAGGCAAAGGCAUACGUGGACAAUGCAAAGCCAAUGAGGGGUGUGGCCUGGGGGAAGUCCUGAGAGCCAGGCAGAUAAGGCUGGAGGUUCAGCCUAUGGACCAGACCCUGUUUUUAUAAUAUAUUUUAUAAUAUAAAAUAUUUAGUGUUGCCCAGAAUGCUCAUCCACAAUACAAACACGUUUCCUCGGCAGGAGCAAUCAGGUGCUCUUAUAAAAAGCACAAGCGAUGUUUUGGUGAUAUAAGCAUGUGUGCAAAAAUGCUUGUUGUCCUCAUAGUCUCUUCCAGUUUUACAACAAUGAAUACCAAAGAAAGGUAACAGAUGGACACAAAUUUUAUUGUGUGAUUGAUCUAACUUUUGUUUGUUUUGAAAUCAACAGGUCCAAGUGCAUUAGAAACGGUUCUUCACCAGAAGGCAGCAUUUUUGGAACAGGUAAUAAAUGAGGGGUAGGUAAUAAAUUAAGAAUGGGGGGGAGAGCUGAGUUAGGUACAAUAAGAAACCGCAAUAUCUAAAAUAUGUUAAAAUCUGGACAAAAUAUGUGAGUGCUAGUAACUCUCUGUCGUAGAAAUCAUAUGAAUGUCCAACUGUCUCAUUAAGAUGUUAGGAGAGCCCCUUUCCCUCCACAGAGCUACAAUUUCCAGACUUCCAUGGAAAGAUGGAUUGACUGUUAAACCGCUCUGGUAACUUGUGGCUCAGUGAGGGGAAUAGGGGUCUCCGAGGCACUUUCAACAUGCUUAACAAACUACAGUUCCCAGGAUUCUUGGAGGGAAGCAAUUCUGUGGAAGGACGUGUGGAUCCAGAAUUGGCCUCCACAGUCAGUUAUGGACUCACUUUUAAAACCGUGUUUAUAGAAGACAAUCUUACUCGGCUACGAGUGAUCGCAAAAGAAGAAGAGUAACAUUGUUCUGUCUAAACAAAGCAUAUACAGUGGUGCCUCGCAAGACGAAAUUAAUCCGUUCCGCGAGUCUCUUCGUCUUGCGGUUUUUUCGUCUUGCGAAGCGCGGCUAUUAGCGGCUUAGCGGCUAUUAACGGCUUAGCGGCUAUUAACGGCUUAGCGGCUUUAAGACAAAGUAAACCAACCCGCAAGAACUCGCAAGACAUUUCGUCUUGCGAAGCAAGCCCAUAGGGAAAUUCGUCUUGCGGAACGACUCAAAAAACGGAAAACUCUUUCGUCUAGCGAGUUUUUCGUCUUGCGAGGCAUUCGUCUUGCGGGGCACCACUGUAACAACAUAUUGAGAGAGAUAUGCCACAAGUGGUUUCUUCUUCUUUAUUAUUAUUUAUAUUCAACCUUUUCCCCAAAACCAGGCCUUAAGGCAGUGCACAAAAAUUAAAACAAAAAUGAAAAGCUAAAAGCAUAAAGGAUAACAGUUAAAAAGCAAUUAAACUAUAAUAGAAUUAACAUGACAUGAAAACAGAUCUAUAAAAUUGAGUAAACAAAAGUCUUUCCCUUAAAAACAGUCAGUUCCCAAAAGCCCACUGGAAUAAAACAGUUUUCACUUUGCUGGCAGAAAUAUAAGAAGAAGGGAGCCUAUUUAGCUUCUCUAGGAAGGGAGUUCCAAAGUUUGGGAUCAGCCACUGAGAAGGCUUUAUAAAGUCAUCACCUUUGUGCAGUCAUCACUUCUGAGCCCAGUCAAGUUUUUAUGCUGCAGGGGUUUGGCCAAUUAUAUUCCUAGACUUACCGUACUAUUAUAGUUUUAAUAAAGGUCUCCAGUAGUAAUUCAUUGCACAUUUUGGCACUUUACAUCUUCAAAGUGUAAUAAUACAUUAAUUAAUUAAUCCUCACUAUUCUCUAGUGAGGCAGGUCUCUGCUUGUAAAGCUGGACUCCAGGCACCUAUAAAAAUAGCACUGAAAAGCUAAAUGUGCACAUUGCUGCCACAGCUGUCAUGCAGUAAAUCUCAGGGAAAAACCACUGGGUGAAAAAUUAAUUUUGGAGAUAGCUGAAAAUUAGAUGUGAUGCAGGAAGCAGUAAAAUGUGAGACAUAAGGGUCUUAUGCACUUCAGGGUCCCACCCAGAGUGGCUGGGGAAGCCGGGCCAGAUGGGUGGGGUAUAAAUAUUAUUAUUAUUAUUACUAUUAUUAUUACUAUUACUAUUAUUAAUAAUAAUAAAAAAAGAUCGUGGGUACAAUUCAUAGCACUGAAAAGGGGGAAUUGAAUCAUUUCCCAUAUGCUAAUAUACAGGAGCAUCAGGGCAGUGUGAUUUCCAUGCUGGUUGAUAGGGGAGAAAUUCUAUUUGGUCUGCAUUUAAAGGCAAACUUACCCAAUUUGCACUUUUCCAAAACAAAAUGCGAACCAAAACACAUCCAUCCUUCAAAAUUCACACUUCUCUGAGUUUUGCAGUGCAGUUCUUGAUCAUGUAAUGUGCACAAAAAUACACAUACUAGCUGUGCUUUUCUUCUGGAGAAAAGGUGCCGGUACUCACCAUGAAGUUGUUACAGUAAGUUUAACCAGUUUAAAGUUUAAGGGGAAAAAAAUAUGUGCUGGUACUGUGUAACCUUGAGUACUCCCAGAAAAAAGCACUGCAUACUAAUGUAAAACAUAUAUUAGUGAAAACAACAUACAAAAAUGUAUAGUGUUAGGGAAAAUGUAAUGCAAACAUCUGUAUAUCAGGUAAAAUUGCAUUAAAAAAUGUGUAUUUUAGGAGCAAUCUCCACAAGCUAGGACUCGUUUUCAAAGCUCGACUGACGCUUUAAGUACUUUGAAAAAUCUGUGCAUGUGUAUUCACAGGGCAGCCCAGGUAUUAGGCAGGGUGAGGCCGCUGCUGCUGCUGCUGCUGCUGCAGGUGGUAGAAGCCCCUUUAAGGGCAUCCCUAUGAGUGCCCCACCUGCCCCACUGCCUCCACCAUUGGCAGAGAAGUAGCGCUGAUUUCUGGUGAGGGCUCAAUGGAAUCAUCUCACCCAAAAUUGGCACCAGUACCAGCACCACUGAUGUGCUGGUGGUGAAGGCAGCAGGGUGUACAGGGUAGGGAGGCACUUCCUGUUUCUCCUCAAGUGGUGAACUGGCACCCGCCACCCCUGUGUAGUCAGUUGAACAAAUUUCCUUCAAUAAGAAAAUAAACCCAAGGCUGGAUAAUAUUAUAUGAAAAGUUGUAGCAAUUUAAGAUGCCCCAUAGAACUGUUCCACUGGUUUUCACUAGGGGCUGCAUCAAUACUUCCAUUUUUUUAGGGAAGAAUUUUCAAAAACGGUACCUAGGCUAUGGUUUAAUCUUAUAUGUGAAAGUAAGUUCUACUGUAAGUACCUUGCAGCGAGACUGAGAUAGUAAAUGUGUCUGUAAAUUUUAUGUUUCACCUUUCCCCUCCCAACCCCACUUGAAAUUGGAAAAAAGAAACCGAACUGAGAAUUUUGGGUGUAAAUGGGAGAGCCUCUGAAUGUAAUAUGCUUCCUGUUUAUGUUAUUUUUGGCUCUGUUCUGUAUUUUUUCAGCUAGGGAUAAAGCCCCACAAACAGGAGAACAUUUCGAGUCACAAGGACUAUUCCCGGAAGACACUUAUUGCCUUGGUCACCUCUGGUUUGCUGCUGGCAUUUCUGGGAUUGGCUGCAUACUUCCUUAUGAAACGACAGAGCUGGAGCCCCAUGGGAGAGAGGCUGGUUAGUGCUUAUAGCUGGCAAAACAAGUAGAGAGAUCUCUAAGUUCAGCAGGAGUGAGAAAGGAAGAAUGGUGGAAGCUUUGUAGAGACCGCUUGCUGGCUAAGAAUUUCAAGUAGUUAGCUGUCUAUUUCAGGAGUUUAAAGAGAGGCGAGUGAUGGUGAAAAAGAUCUAGUCAGCUUACUUUUCUACAAGUUAGCUAUUUUCUAUCAAUGAACAUAUCUUGUUAGACUGGGGGUGGCGGGGAAGUGUGGUUGUUUCAAAAAAGUUGUCUCCUACCGUUCAACCAAAAAAGUUUAAUGACAAUAACGGACAUGAGAAAUAAUAUUAUUCUUUGAUACAUGGGUUGCCUUCCUGUUUAUGGUUCCCUCUUAUAGCUUGUAUUGUACUGCCAACAUCCAACUUCUAACCUUACCAGUUAUAUUCAAUUGUAAUUACAGCUGUGUUUACAGUUUAAUAUUUUGAGAUGUUCGUAUAUUGGUACACAAACUCAGCAAACCAAGAGCUGAAAUUUGUAUUAUACUUGUUUGCAUGUAUAAACAAGCCUGAACCCCCCCCCCUUUUUUAAGGCAAAGGAGCUGUAGAAGGAGGCAAUGCAAGAGGGAGCAAUAUUUUUCCCAAUAGCAGAAAUGCCUGAGUUAAAGAUCAAAUGUUUCUUUUCAGUGUGAAAUCUAAACCAAUUUGUUGUCCACUUGAUUCAGUUAUCUAACUCUGCAUUUUGUUAUUAUUUACUGCCUCCACCAUUUAGGGUGAAGAUCCAUAUUACACAGAAAAUGGUAGCCAUGGCAACACUGUGGUUUCUGUGGCCUCUCAUGAACAGUCUGACCUGCAGGAUAAACCAAACUUCAAUGGAGGGGCUCGGGAAAAUGGGACUGGUCAACCAACCUCAAAAAAUGGACAUUCAACCAAGCCCCAUGUUGUGGCUGAUACUGAACUGUGAAAAGGAUAUGGCCAAAAGUCUUAUUAACAUGGCUUGGAAGACCAGAGUGGAAAUAUAGAGGAGCUAGAGUGCAAGGGUGCCAUAAAUCAUAAUCCUUUUAUUUUUACAAAGAAUUCAAAAAUCCCAUUCCAAAGCAUACAUUUUUAAUGAGCUGCCACAGGACUUAGUGGUGUGUACAAGCUUUCGUUUGUACACACUUUCGUUUGUACAAGCUUUCGUUUGUACAUGAAGUUAGCAAGCUGCUUCAAUGGGAUUUGGCUUGUUCAUAGUAUAUUUUUUUGCUCUCUCUCAGACCAAAAUGAGAUGUGACUGUCCCUUACAACCAUCUAUCUGGGGAAAGGAUAGGGGUGCUUCUCUAGAAAUUUAGAGUAGAUUUAUCAUAGUUCGGAAUUUGAUUUUCAGCUCCAGUGCUGAUUAGGGGGAGGAAGGAUCUCUUCACAGUGAGAAUAAAUAAAAAUAAUGAACAAUAAGGCAUUUAACCACCUAGGUCAGCAAUUCUGAGUACUGAUUCACAUGAUGACCCUUUUCUUAUGACCCUUUUCAACACAAGAGAACCGGUGAAUGCUCAAACACAUGGCUGUAUUUUGCCUCAACCUAGCUCAACCCACAUUUAAUUUUUUUCAAGAUACAAAAAAUUGCCAUUUGGAUGCAUGUAAGCUGUAUUUAUUGGUCCAAGUCACUAUACUAAAUCACUGAAAAGGCAACCUGAGAGUUAAACAAAUUGUGUGCAUCAAACCUCAGGAAACCCACCAACAUUCUUACUUCUUUGGUAGGUACCAUUUGUCAUUCCCACAUCCAGACCCAGCUCAGACAUCUCACUCCAGCCUUUCUGCUAUGUGAUACAAUGCCCUUAACACAUACUGACAGGAACUCAGCAGCCAACCCAGCAAGCCUUCUGAAGUACUGUUUGGCAAUCACUAAACAACAUUAAACACUUCAAUAGACUUGCUUUCAGCAGAAAACUAGAUGGUUUUUCAGGUGAAAAACAUUCUAAAAUAUUGAAGGGCAGUUCCAUAUUCAGCUAGGAACUGGCAUAGGCAACUGGCCCAAAACUACAAAUGUUGCUCAUGUCAGCGAAAUAUUUCAGCUAGGAGAUUCUGUCUCCAUUAUUCCUAGAAUAACAUGUAAACAGAAGCAAUGACAUAAAGCAAAUGAUGUUGGCUAGGAAUCAGGGGUGGCUAAUCAGUGUCCCCCAAGAUACUGUUGGGCUCCAGUCCCCAUCAGCUCAAGUCGGCAUGGCUGAUAGCCAGGGAUUGUGGAUUUUCAUAGAAUCAUAGAAUUGUAAGGGAACCCAAGGGUUAACCCCCUGCCAUGCAGGAAUCUCAACACAUGGUCACCCAUCUAAUUUAAAACCAUACAAGACCCUGUGUGGCUUUGCAAAUGUGUUAGCAGUUUUAUUGUUGCACCACUGUAGUCCAACAACACUUGAGGGCCACAGGUUCCCCUGCUAUAAAGCACAGAACAAGUCUUAAAAACAUUGUCCUCAAUCCUAAUGAAGCUAGUCCUGUUGAAAUUAAUGGGACAAAUCAGUUACAGUUAAAUUGAUUGUACUGUCAGUUCUCUUAAGCCUGCAGUCUCACGUGGAAAUAAGCUGUAUUGAACUUAAUGGGGCUUAAUUCUAAGAAAACUUGUAUAUGACUUGUGUUGUAAAUGAAGUAAACUGACUGUUUGGAUCCUUUGAACCCUGUUUCCAAACAAACAAAUGAGAAUAUGUUUGCAAAUGUAAAUCUUUGCCUUAAUCACAUCUGGUGUCUCUCUUUCUAUAUAUUUGUUUUGCUCUAUAUAUUUGCCUCCCCCCCCCCCAAAAAAAAAGAAUACUAGGAAGCUGUUUCCUUAUGUUGUGCUUUAUUAUUCCUAUCCCCCAUGUUAAAUGCCAUUCUGGGUUUUGUUGACUCUGUAUUAUUAUUCUUGUAUGUUGUACCAUACAGUACAAAAUAUGAAUAGGCUUUGAAAUGAAUUACCUUUUCUUCCCCCCAA